CGGUGUUGGACCAAGGUCAAAUAUCGAUUCAAGCAUGGUCCCAACAAAAUGUUCUCUUGGUGGAUGUCAUUCAAUAUGCUUCCGCAUCCAUUCUUCCGGCAGUGUCCAUGCUCCAAGCGUCUUUUGGUGUGAAUACUAUACUGACAAUGAUGACGCUGUCUCCUUCUGUCUCCUUUUGGUCCUUGGAUUAUCGGGGCCAAGAUUCCCUGGACAAUCGCUAUGUGGAAUCCUAUUGGGAAGUGACCAAUACCAUGAUUUCCAAAGUCAAGGACGUGGUAUUACGAGACGAAUUGCAGAAUGGAGGCGUUUCGUAG